AGUAACAAAAUUAAGAUUGUUAUCUCUUAGCCUUACCAUCCGUCUCUUGAAUUGACAGAAAUGCCCCCAGUCUGGAAAAAAUGUUGCAGAAAGGGGACAUAAAACCACUAAACAUUCGAAUCUCAGUCUCUGUCAGGACAGGAGGGGAGUGAAUCCAAGUCCAACUCAAGCUCCCUCUUCUUCUUCUUCUUCUUACUGUGUUUACAGCUUCAUUUUCGACUCAAUAAAUUCAUCUUGAUCAAUUUUUCUUUUUUAAUAAUUAUUAUUUUCCAUUAAUAAUUAUUCAAUUCAUGGAGUACAGGCUCCCUUGACCUAGCUCGCUCUCGUUCGACGCCGUGCUCGUCACGUUUAUAUUUAUAUUUUUUUUUCUCUCUCUCUCCUUGGAUUCAACGCGGUAAUGCUUGUGUAUUGGUCCUCAUGGCCAUGAACGACUCUCGGAGUAUUUCCUCUUCUUCUGCCGAUUCUGCUUCUAAUGCCGCACCCGAUCAGAAUGUGGGGCGGAGUCGGAGGAGUGGUGACGGCGGUCAAACGCUGGGUUCUGGGCCAACGAGUCGGCGCUGGCGUGAUGUUUUUUGGUUGGGAAUUUUUGUUAUACACCUGGUGGGAUUGGGGUUCUUCCUUUCUAUUCUCGGGAUCAAUAGAUUUAAGAAAACGGAUAGGUUAAAUAUAGAUAGGUAUAUGGAACGAGUAUUAGAGAAUCGAAAGGAGCUGACUGAAACUUAUUGGCCCUUUUAUGCUCUUGCUGGUGGAGUUGGGACUGUUCUUGGGUGGACUUGGCUGUUGUUGUUGGGUUCUCAAGCCAAUUACAUGAUGAAGGUAUCUGUCCACAUUUUGACUACUUAUCUUGCUGUGAUUAGCGUUUUAUGUUUCUGGGGCGACCAGAUUUUCUGGGGUGUCGCGUUUGCGAUUGGUGCCGUAUUGCAGUUCUUCUAUGUCGUAUCAGUUAUAGAUAGACUUCCAUUUACAAUGCUGGUGCUGCAAAAAGCUGUGAAGAUGGUAUGGAGUCUCCCUGAAGUUAUUAGAGUGGCAUACGCGUUCAUGAUUGUUAUGCUUUUAUGGAUGGGGUUAUGGUCUUUUGGAGCAGCGGGUGUUGUGGCUUCAAGCAUGGAUAAUGAUGGACGCUGGUGGCUUCUUGUGGUUCUCUCUGUAAGCUUAUUUUGGACAGGUGCAGUUCUAUGUAACACCGUACAUGUUAUAGUGUCUGGUAUGGUGUUCCUUGUCCUCAUACAUGAUGGUCAAGAAGUAUCACCGAUGCCUCCUCCGAAUUCAUUGGUAAAGUCUCUACGGCAUGCUGUGACAACUUCUUUCGGGAGUAUCUGCUAUGGAUCACUAUUUACGGCUGCUAUUCGGACACUGAGAUGGGAGAUCAGGGGAAUCCGUUCAAAGAUUGGCAACAAUGAAUGUCUGCUUUGCUGUGUUGAUUUCCUUUUUCAUCUUGUAGAGACUCUAGUUCGUUUUUUCAACAAGUAUGCUUAUGUACAGAUAGCUGUUUAUGGUAAGAGCUUUAACCAUUCUGCUAGGGAUGCCUGGGAAUUGUUCCAAUCAACUGGUGUGGAAGCACUUAUUGCCUAUGAUUGUUCUGGUGCUGUUCUACUGAUGGGAACACUGUUGGGUGGACUCAUCACCGGAACUUGUGCGGGAGCCUGGACAUGGACAAAAUGGAGUGACAGAGUGGUUAUGGUUGGAUUGACUGCCAUGUUGAUGGGAAUGGUCUUGGUGGGACUGGCAAUGGUGGUUGUGGAAAGUGCAGUUACAUCCAUAUACAUAUGCUACGCGGAGGAUCCCUUACUAAUCCAUAGGUGGGAUGCUGAAUUUUUCAACCAAAUGUCGGAGACACUCCACCAGCGCCUUCAGUAUAGGAGUGCCCGAGCCAGGGAAGUUUUAACUCACAGUCGAUUUGAUGCCCAAAUUCAAGAAACACUUCCUGUUUGAAAACCCUUUUUACAUGAUUUGUUACUUUAAAUGUACAAUGUAAUCCAUUGUCUCCUUAAUUUAUUCAUCAAUAUUUUACAUGGAAGAAUUUUGCACUUUAGAUAUUAUCUGUUUAGAUAUUUUACUCAUUAUGGCAUUGGUAGAUUUUGGAA